AUGGACGACAACGAAAGUCAACUCAAGAAUCGCAAAGCCGUCAUUGCUGGUACCUCGACCCAGCGACUGGAAAUCGACCCUGCCACCGAAAAGAGACUGGUUCGCAAACUUGACCUCUCCAUCAUCCCGCCGGUCACGUUACUAUACCUGUUCAGUUUUCUGGAUCGUGUCAACAUAGGAAAUGCUCGUCUCUAUGGACUGGAAGAGGAUCUCAACCUAUCAUCUGAUCAAUACCAGACCGCAGUGUCAUUACUGUUCGUCACAUACCUUCUCUUCGAAGUGCCUUCCAAUAUCAUCCUGAAACACUACUGUCGUCCUUCAAGAUGGAUAGCUUUCAUCUCUGUAUGCUGGGGAAUUAUUGCGACUUUGACUGGUAUCGUGCAAUCCUUUGGUGGUCUCAUUGCUUGUAGGCUGCUCCUAGGACUCUUCGAAUCCGGUCUGUUUCCUGGAUUGGCAGUAUAUCUCUCAUUUUUCUACACCAAGAGAGAAAUUGGACUUCGAAUUGGCUACCUCUUCGUCAGCGCAGCUUUGGCUGGCGCGUUUGGAGGUCUGCUGGCUUAUGGUAUCGGCCACAUGGAUGGAGUUGCUGGUCAGAGUGGAUGGCGCUGGAUCUUCAUUCUCGAAGGCAUACCAACAUUCAUUCUCGGUAUCGCAUGUUGGUGGUGGCUAGCCGACGGCCCUGAAACUGCCUGGUUCCUCACCCAAGAGGAAAAGAAGAUUAUGGAGAUUCGCCGCUUACAGCAGAUUGGUGUGACUGAUGAGUUUGCCUGGCAAGACGUGCGAGCUGGUUUCAAGGACUGGAAGAUGUGGGCAUUCUGCUGUGCUCUGUUCGGUGCCGACACCAUGCUUUACGGCUACUCGACAUUCCUGCCAACCAUCAUCAAGAACAUCGAUCCCUCGUACUCAAGCGCUUUGGUCCAAGUCCUCACCAUUCCUUGCUAUGCAGUUGGCGCUAUCAGCUAUCUGAUCAUGGCACGCAUCUCAGACUGGUCGCAGAAACGCGGCGUCUACACCGUCAUCUUUGGCAUCAUCUCCAUUGUCGGCUACGCAAUGUUGAUUUCAGACGGUGGCUCAGGCGUCCACUAUGCCGGCUGCUUCCUCGUUGCCCUUGGUCUUUACAUCGCCGUCGGUCUCCCCAUCGCUUGGCUCCUAGCCAACAACCCUCGCUUCGGCAAGCGCACCACAGCUACUGGCCUACAACUCAUGUUUGGCAACUGUGCUGGCAUCAUGUCAUCUUUCCUGUACCCCAAGGAGCAAGGACCUCGUUUCAUCAGAGGUCAUGCUGUUUCGCUGGGCAUGGUUUCUUUUGCCAUGAUUGUGUAUGCGUUCAUGUGGUGGUACUUUGGCCAUGAGAACAAGAAGAGGAUCAAUGGCGAGCGCGAUUAUAAGAUUGAAGACUUGAGUGAGGAAGAGAUUGCUGAUUUGGGUGAUGAGAACCCUAAGUUUCUGUACUCUAUUUGA